AACAGGAAGUGAGGAUAGGCCGAGUUCCGGGCGCGAGGCGGCCACUGUGGAGAGCAGAGCGCGGCGGCUGGAAGCUGCUAAGUCAGAGCCGCGAUGUUCCGGAUUGAGGGCUUCGCGCCGAAGCUGGACCCGGAGGAGAUGAAACGGAAGAUGCGCGAGGAUGUGAUCUCCUCCAUACGGAACUUUCUCAUCUACGUGGCCCUGCUGCGAGUCAGUGAGUGUCUCCCGGGCUGUGACUGUGAGACCAGCGGGGAGCUCACCGACGGGCACCCCUUAACUCUAAGGGGUCAUCGGGGCCUUCGAACUGAGCUGAACGGUAGCGGGGAGCAAGGAGGCUCCAUUUAUCUUAAAGAAAUUGGACAGCAUAUGAAGACAGGACAUCACAUAUGAAUGCACGAUAUGAAGAGCCUGGUUACAGUUUCGACUCCUCUCUGCAAGUGAAUAGGCCCAGAAAGGUGUAAGAGACUCUUUGAAUGGACAUAAAAUUCUGCUUGUUAAGAACAAGUUUGGCUCUGGUAACUGACCUUCAAAGCUAAAAUAUAAAACUAUUUGGGAAGUAUGAAACGAUGUCUCGUGAUCUGGUGUACCCUUAUCCCUGUGACGUUUGGCCUCUGACAAUACUGGUAUAAUUGUAAAUAAUGUCAAACUCCGUUUUCUAGCAAGUAUUAAGGGAGCUGUGUCUGAAAUGGCACUGUCUUGUCAGUCAUUUCUGUUUACCUUUUUCUUCUGCCCAGAGUGUAUUUGUGAAGAGUCUCUUAUGUUUUGUGGAAAUCAGCACACAACCACAAUGACAUUUAAGCACAGGAUCAUUAUUAGUCUAUGUUUUUAAUAAACAUAUCAAUUAAGAAAA